AAAGACACUUAGCAACGGUUGCUAACAACUCAGACUGCUGUGAGGCUGCGGUGUGUCCUGGCCUCCUGGGAGGUGACACUGGGUUUUUACUUUUUAAACUUUCAGCUGCCCAGUGUAACCAUGCCUCGAGGAAGAACGGCCACAAGUGCCCGCUCAGACAGCAGUGAGAUGGAUAUUGAUGGUACAGCAGAAUCAGAGAUAGCCAAACUGCAGAGGCAGUUCAGGAUCAUGGAAGGAGAUCGGCAGGCCUACAACCUUCAGGCCCAGGAGCAGAUCCGCAAACAACACCAGGAGAUAGAGAAGCUGCUGAAGGAGCAGGAGGAGCUGCAUCGAAACCUUGGUGCGUGUAAGAGCUCUUCACGCCAACAGCAGGACAGCGAGGACACCCAGAGUCUUCGUGCUCUGCUGGAGCAGAGAGACAUGCUGGAGGAGGAGCUGGAGAAAGAGAAACAGUGUCAAAAAGAGCAAAAGAAAGAGAUUGCAAUCAUGGAGUUGAAGUUGGCAGAGCUAAGAAAAGGGGAGGUCAGCAUAGGUGAUACACAAAGGUCUGAGGUACGGCGAACUCAGAAGGCCAUACGCACUUUGGAAUACAAAUUGGACAGAGCCUUGACUCGCUUCAAUGAGCAGCUGACCAAAAACAGCCACCUGAGAGAGGAGUUGCAGACUCUUCAUAUUGAGCGUGUCCGUUUCCAGCAACUACACAACAGGCUAGACAAGGAAUUGCUAGAUGUCCGCAAGAAGAUCGGGGAAGUUGUCAACCUGUCGACUGCUGCUUAUGAUGUCAGGGUGGAGGCUCAGUCCAAGAUAACCAUGAUGAGGGAGAAGGCAGUUAAGGACCUUGCCCAGUACAACGCUGAGAUGAAGGAACUGGAAAGGCUUAUUGCACAUGAGUGUAUUCUGAAAGAGUUUAUGACUGCCAAGUGCAGCGAGAGGAGCGGGCAGGAUGAUGGCAUUGAGAUGGGACACAGACAAUUGUCAGACCUGAAGGAGCAGAGGAGGGUGGACUCAGGGGAAGAGUCGCUGGACGCUCUAGAGGAGGUGUUUGAGAGGAUCCGGACUGUGACAGGGGAGGACAACCUGGACAUGCUGGUCACCAGGUUCAUCCAGGUUGAAGACCGGAACUUUGCACUCUUCAAUUUUGUAAAUGAGCAAAACAAUGAGGCGGAGGCACUGAGGGAUCAAAUCAGCCAGAUACAAUCAGAGACUGAGCAGUUUCGGGUAGCAGGUUUGCAACAGGAGCAAGAUCAUCACUCUUUGCUGAGAGACAUUGAUGAGCGACAAAAGAAAACCGAGUCCCAAGCUGAGGACUAUGAAAACCAAGCCAGCAUCAUAAGCAAAAUCCUGGACGAGGUUAAAACAGGUUUGGCGGCAACUUAUUUUACAGGAGUGAACAGCAUCUUCUCUAAAAUGGAGUGUGACCGCUCAGUGAUAGAGGAUAUACUGGGCUCCUCUACAGGGAUCAGUGAGAACAACAUCAUGUCCUACCUGGGUCUGGUGGAACAGAAGACCAACGAGCUGCUCACCAUACAAGCGUUCCUCAAUUCUAAAGAUCUGGAAAAGGACUACAAUCCAAAAGAUCUGGCCAAAUUUCUUUUGGGUCAAAAUCCAGAACUGCUUCAGCAGAAUAUUAGCAUCCAACCUGCAAUCAACAGUGUGGAUUAUGACGCAGAAGAGUCUUCUGUCACUGAUGAGGAAGAACAGCCACUUUCGCAGGAGGAACUUCGCAAAAGAAUAAUAAAAGGGGUUCUGCAGAAAGACAGUUCAGUCCGGCAGGCAGCAACCAAAGCCUCAAAGACCAGUCAGCAGUUUGAUGCCAGACGGCGCUCCCUGGAAGACGCACUGAUCUGACAAAUUGACCUGAUCAGUGUAGUUAAUAUGUACAUAUUAAAAAUGGGAUCCUCAUCUGCACCAUCAUCGGCAGUUGGAGGGCCUGCUUUCAUUGUUUACCGAAAUAUAGAUCAAUGGAGGCCAUGACCGCUGAUGGAACCAGCUUGAUUGGCCAUUUUGAAAUGUUGCAACUUGCACACGCAAACAUUUAAAGCUUAAUUAUGCUGUGUGUAUGUCACCUUUUAUGAUGAAUCAUUGGCAUGGCCUGUAUAUUACAUCUUGGUGUGAUUUGUUUAGUUGUAACUAAUUAGGUUUGGAGCUAUAAAGAUGCCUUUUCAGGCUCUGGUAACCAGCUGUCCUUUUGAUGUGUGACUUGCCAUCUGGCUUUGGCUAAACAAUCUGGUCUCAGUACAGCCCUCCCUCACUGGCAGCGUUUCAUUACAUGAUACUUGCUGCUAUUCUCAAAAGAAAAGGUUGGGGGCAGCAGAACCUUUUGUAAUUGUAAUUAGCAUGCUGAGACCUUGAUUCAGUGUUUCCAAAAAAGGAGAUGAGGAGCUUUUAGAGCUUCACUGUACAUGCUGAUUUUGAAAUGUUUGUUGGUGGAAUAAUAAUGAUUUCCCCCAGAUGUAUUUUGGUGAAUCACACUCAUUUAUUGAGAUUUUCUUCAUAAAAUCAGUGUCAUUAUUUAAAUAAACUGUCCUCUAUCAUCUUUCCAUUAAA